AUGGCGGGCGGCUGGGAGACAGCACUGGGCCUGGGGCUCUGCCUCGCCGCCCUGCACCGUGGAGGCUGCCGCCUCCCCAGCGUGGCCACGGCACUUCAAACUCUGCCUGUGCUGCGGGACAAUUUCCGCCUGCAGCCAGGUGAUUUGGUGACCACAGCGGGGCAAGCAUUGGAGCUGGAUUGUGUCCCCCCCUUGGGGUACCCUGAACCCUACAUUACCUGGAAGAAGGACGGGGUGACCUUGGACUUGGUGGGUGGCAGGUACGUGGUCACCAAGGGGAAGUUGCAGGUGGCAUCGGCACAACGGAGCGACUCAGGUCUCUACAUCUGCGUGGCAGCCAAUGCGGCAGGCAAGAGGGAGAGCCGGGGUGCCCGCGUCUCUGUGCUGGAGAAGCCAAGCAUUGUGCGCCACCCAAGCGACGCCGUGGCGGUGGCUGGCAGCACCGUGGAGCUGGGUUGUAGCGCCCGAGGUGACCCAGCACCGCAGGUGCAGUGGCACAAGGAGCAUGGAGACCUGCCCUGGGGCAGGCAUGAGGUGGACCGGGAGCACACUCUGCGCCUCUACGCCGUGACGCCUGCCGAUGCCGGCGCGUACGUGUGUACAGCACAGAGCCAGCUGGGCACCGCUGCUGCCACCACCUUCCUGCACGUGGAGGACCAGCUGGCAACGGGCCAGCAGGAGACUGCACCACGGGACCUGCUGGCUGUGCGGCUGCACCUGGACAAUGGCACUGCCCUGCCCACUGCUGCCGUGCAGCUCCGCUGGCAGAUGCUGAUGCCAGUGCCAGUGCCCGUGGGCUACAUGGUGCUGUACCGCAGCCUGCUCCCGGUCACCACCUCCUGGAUCCAGCACGAUGCAGGCAGGGAGCUCAGUGCGAUCAUCCCUGCGCUCCGCAGGGGCUACAAGUAUGAGUUCAAGGUCCGACCCUACACUGGAGGGACCCAGGGCUCAGACAGCAACAGCAGGCACCUCUGGAUACCUGAGGAAGCGCCUAGUGCAGCGCCCCAGCACGUCACCAUCCAGGCUGAGACAGGGAAUGGCACUGUGGUCGUGAGCUGGGAGCCACCUCCUCCUGAAGCCCGCAAUGGUGUCAUCCAGGGCUACCAGGUCUGGUCAAUAGGUGAGGGCUGGCAGCGUCCCACCAACAGGACAGUGGAUGGAUCCACCAGCCGCCUGGAAACCCUCCUCCCACACCCUGGGGCCGAAUUCUGUGUCCAGGUGGCAGCUUUCAACAGCGCAGGGCUGGGGGUUCCCAGCAAUGCCACAUGUGGAGUCCUGGGGCUGACAGCAGGGAGCAGCAGGGUGGUCCAGGCACUGCGGCAGCCUGCUGUCAUCGCAGCUGCUGGUUCCAUGCUCUGGUUGGCCUUACUCGCCCUCCUCCUCCUCCUCUGUCAGCGCCGUGCCAGCCAGGACGCCGCAGCUCGCCACAGGCUGGUGGCUGGUGACUCACCAUGGCUUGGUGGUGCCUGGAAACCCAGCUGUGACCCCCGAAACCUCAGCAGCAGCAGCAGCCUCAGCAGCCGACUCCUGGGCAGUGACGGCAGGGACCCCCACCCCUCCACCCUCUCCUUGGAGCCGCCGAGCCUUGGCCCUCCCACACCCCCCAUCCACAGCAGCCUCCGUGGGGGACACCCACCACCCCUCAGGGACAUGGGCUGCUGUGGUGGGGGGCACCCCGGGGUGCAUUCCUCACCCAGCACCCCAAACCCAGCACCCUGGGAGCGUUUUCAUAAGAGAGAGCUGCAUCAAGUGCACAGCACCCCGGUGCUCAUAGCUGGCGCCAGCCACAUCCCUGUCACUGGAAGUGGAGGCGAGUGGGGGACAGAUUUUGGGCUGGCAGCCAGGCAGCCUCAGCAAUGCGGACAUGAGGGUGACACCGCCGCUGCCAUGAUGGACAGCAGGGACCCACGGCUACCGAUCUUCAGCACUCCUAAACCACGUCGGGGCAGCACUUCACUGGCUUCUGGUGUAACCAGGUCACCGGUGACACCCCCGAGACCAACCCACGCCUGGCACCCGCCAGUGACACGGUCCCCAGCCUCCAUAUGCCCCAGGGACACAUCUCUGGUCAGCAGGCAUCCCAAGGACAUGUCCCCAGUCACUGGGAUCCCCAGGGACACAUCUCCAGUCAUGCGAUGCCCCAGGGACAUAUCCCCAAUCAGAGAGAGCUCCAGGGAUGUGUCACCAGCCACCAGGAACCCUAGGGACACGUCCUUGGUCACUGAGCACCCCAAGGACAUGCUCCUGGACAGCAGGCAUCCAAAGGAUGUGUCCUCAGCCACCAGGACCCCCAGGGACAGGUCACCAUCCACCAGACACCACAAGGAUCCAUCACCAGCAACCAAGCACCAGAGAGAUGCAGUCUUGGCCACCAGGCACCCUGAGGACACCUCCCCGGUCACCAGGUGCCCCAGAGACCCAUUACCAGUGGCCAAGUGCCAGAGGGACAUCUUACUGUCCACCAGGCAUCCCACAGACAUGUCCCCAGCCAGCAGGCACCCUAAGGACACAUCCCCAGCCACUAGGCACUGCAGGGACAAGUUCCUGGCCUCCAGGUAUGCCAAGGACAUGUCCCCAGCCAACAAGUACCCCAGGGACAGGCUCCCUGAAAAAAUGUCACCAGCCAUCGACACAUCGCCAGCCACUGGGCACCCUAGGGACACAUCCCCACUCACCAGGCAGCCUGAGGAGAUGUCACCAGUCUCCGAGCACCGCAGGGACAAGUUUUUGGGCACCAGCAGGUACCCUGAAAACAUGUCAUCAGCAAUAAGGCAUCUCAAGGACACAUCUCCAGCCACCAGACACCCCAGGGACACAUCUCCAGGCACCAGGCAUCCCGAAGAGGUGUCUCCAGUCACAGGUCACCAGAACAACACAUUCUUGGGCACCAGGUAUCCCAAGGACAUAUCCCCAGGCACCAGCCACACCAGGAACAUGUCAUUGGAGAGCAGGCACCCAAGGUACAUAUUCCUGGCUACCAGGUACCCCAAGGACACUUCCCUGGCCACUGGGCGUGUCUCGCCAGCAUUCAGUGAUGAGGUCCUCACACAACAACAGGUGGCUGAGGUCCUGGAGAUGGACCAGGACACAACCUGCUGCAGACCUCCGGCACCAGCCACACCGCGGUCCUUCUCACCCCUGCACACCUAUGGCUACAUCUAUGGGCCACCAGCCUCUGAGCUAGGUGAGGAGGAGGAGGAGGAGGAGGAGGAGGAAGAAGACGAGGAGGAAGAGCAUACAGCAACGAGGGGUUCACCAGGAGGGUCGCUGCUGAACGGCUGGGGGUCUGUCUCAGAGGACAACUUUGCCAGCACUCGCUGCAGCUUGGUGAGCUCCUGUGACAGCUCCUUCCUCCUGGAUGCCAGCUUUGCCCGGGCACUGGCCGUGGCUGUCGAUGGCCUCUGCUGCAGCCUUGAGGACACCGAUGGGGCCUAUGGGGGUCCGUCCCCACCACCAUCGCCCUUGGAGCAGGUCUUCCCACCUGGAGUCCACACUACCACCUGGGACUGGUGGACAGCACUGGAGGUCCCACAGAGGACCAGGACAGAGGCAGCCAUGAACAGUAGCUCACGGAGGGGUGGCCAGAGGGCAGGGACUGGCAGCCCCUGGACCACGGAAGGUGCUGAACUGGGGACAGAAGGGACAGGAGCAUGGCAGUCCCCAGGGCGCAGGAUGUAG